CCUGCCGGCUAGGCGAAGGUGAGAGUCUCCUCCAGUCGCAGCCGUUGGACCGGACCGAGCGGCUUCAAGCGCAGAGUGGAAGCUUUCGGCCGACUCCAGCUUUCUAGCUAUGGCGCCUCCAUCAAUCUUUGCCGAGGUUCCUCAGGCCCAGCCGGUCCUUGUCUUUAAGCUCACUGCUGACUUCCGGGAGGAUCCGGACCCUCGCAAGGUCAACCUGGGAGUGGGAGCUUAUCGCACGGAUGAUAGCCAGCCCUGGGUUUUGCCAGUCGUGAGGAAGGUGGAGCAGAGGAUUGCUAAUGACAGCAGUGUAAACCACGAGUACCUGCCCAUCCUGGGCCUGGCAGAGUUCCGGACCCGUGCUUCCCGCCUGGCCCUUGGAGAUGACAGCCCAGCUCUGCAGGAGAAGCGGGUAGGAGGUGUGCAGUGUUUGGGGGGAACAGGUGCACUUCGAAUUGGAGCUGAGUUCUUAGCGCGAUGGUACAAUGGAACAAACAACAAGGACACGCCCGUCUAUGUAUCCUCACCAACCUGGGAGAAUCAUAAUGGUGUCUUUAUUGCCGCUGGAUUUAAAGAAAUUCGGUCUUACCACUAUUGGGAUGCAGCGAAGAGAGGACUAGACCUCCAGGGUUUUCUGAAUGAUCUGGAGAAAGCUCCCGAGUUCUCCAUCUUUGUCCUCCACGCCUGUGCACACAACCCGACUGGGACUGACCCAACUCCGGAGCAGUGGAAGCAGAUUGCCUCUGUCAUGAAGCGCCGGUUUCUGUUCCCCUUCUUUGACUCAGCCUAUCAGGGCUUCGCAUCUGGCAACCUGGAAAAAGACGCCUGGGCCAUUCGCUAUUUUGUGUCUGAAGGGUUCGAGCUCUUCUGUGCCCAGUCCUUCUCCAAGAACUUCGGGCUCUACAAUGAGCGAGUGGGGAAUCUGACCGUGGUUGCGAAAGAACCUGAUAGCAUCCUCCGGGUCCUUUCCCAGAUGGAGAAGAUAGUGCGAAUUACGUGGUCCAAUCCCCCUGCUCAGGGAGCACGAAUCGUGGCCCAUACCCUCUCUGACCCUGAGCUUUUUAAUGAAUGGACAGGUAACGUGAAGACAAUGGCUGACCGCAUUCUGACCAUGAGAUCUGAGCUCAGGGCACGAUUAGAAGCCCUCAAGACCCCUGGAACCUGGAACCAUAUCACGGAGCAGAUUGGAAUGUUCAGUUUCACCGGGUUGAACCGGGGAAGAAAGGAAAUUGUCAUUGUAAUGGACUCUCUGGACCUCCAUUACUUAAAGGAUUCCUACUGCUCUGAUUAUGUAUCUCUUUUGGUUUUCAACAGCCAAGCAGGUUGAGUAUCUGGUCAAUGAAAAGCACAUCUAUCUGCUGCCAAGUGGUCGGAUCAACAUGUGUGGCUUAACCACCAAAAACCUAGAUUAUGUGGCCAGCUCCAUCCAUGAAGCAGUCACCAAAAUCCAGUGAAGAAACACCACCCAAACAAGCACCACCAAAGCGGUCCUCUGUCUCGUGUAUUCCCUGCCUGCACAAACCUGGUUGUAUACAUCACAACUAGAUUAGAGACUACUGAGGGACAGAAAAGCUGUUCUGGUGAGGCGGUUUCUGUUUAAGCUGGCCCCACGGGAAGAGAACAUGUCUUGAAAGGAAAUGGGGAUCUGGGAUUAGAGCCCGUUUGGAGGCCAGAGCAAAUUAAGGCUUUUAUUUGAGAAGAAUAAAAGGAUACUUUGAUGAUGAAAUGUAGAUGUCUUGCCCCCUCGCUGGAAGCAGGAGUAUUGCCCAUGUCACUUGUGUGCUCCUGUGUGUUGCUUUACUCUGUACAAAUUUGAGUCCCAAAGAUCAAGUUGUCUGAAGAGCCAAGUGUGAUUGUGGGUGUCAUUUGUGUCAUUAAAACUCGUCAUCUCGA